AUUCGUCAGCCAGCCAAGCACCACAGCGAGUCACCGCCGAAGAAAUCCUGAAGCAACAACAUUCUUAGAGACACGAGUUCGGGGAAUCGUCUUGAAGCGCCCGAGACGCCACCGACGGGGAAGGAAGGGACGUCGAGGCAUGUGUGGCGGGGGUGGUGGUGGUGGUGGAGGGGCCGAGGGGAAGCUAAGAGGCGAGAGAGGGAAAGAAAGAGGGCGGGAGUAAGAGGAACGACAGCUUCUCCUGGAAGAUGGAUCUGCCCAAGAGUACUUCGGAAUCCCAGCGGCGAAAAUAAAAAUCUGGCAACACACUCCCUUCUUUCCGAAGUCAAACCGGGAGCCGCAAUCCACUUUUGUGUGAGCUGCUCCCCUCCUCCCCUCCCUCCCUCCCUACCUCCAUGCCUCCCCUCUCGCCCUCCCUGUCUCUCGGUUCCCCUCCCUUCCCUGCCUCCCUCCCUGCUUUCCUCCGCCAGACAACUCCUCCUCCUCUUCCUCCUCUCUCUCCUCCUCCUCCCUGCCCCUUCCUUCCUUCCUCACCUCACUAAUUGACGGAAUAAAGAGCAGCCCGUGCCGGUAUCUUCCUCUCCCCGCCGUAAAUAUAUCGGACAACACACGAGUUUAAGGAUGCAAAACACACAAUUUCCACAGCUGUCAUUCGCCGCCCCGCCACUCCCUCGCCCCCUCGCGGGAUGAUUGGUCGCCGGCGCCGCCCUGCCAUUGGUCGGGCGCCGGGGACCCGCCCACCGAGGGGAGCCGUGGCCCCGGGAGGUGGAGGUGAGGUGGCGACUUAUCUCCGCUCCAUUAUUUGAUACAGCGCUUCUGGUAACACACGCUCAAAAUCAACUUGCUGUGGUGUAACGCCGAUACUGUAAUACCUCCUAAAACUCAGCAUCAAGGUGGAUUAAGGCCAGACUUUCAGAUUUGUGGGACGGUCAUUUGUCGACAGUUUAGCGUGUGACGGCGCGUCGCUCGGUUCCUCCUUCUCCUCUUCCUCUUCUUCUUCCUCCUCCUCCUCCUCCUACUCCUCUGCCUCCACCGUCGACCUCGCCUGCUGCUGGUGGUGCUGGUGGUGGUGCGCCGGAAGUGUGGUGUCGCGGCCCUCCUCGUCCUCAGCCUCCACCUCGCCCUUCAUCGCCGCCUCGUGAGCGCCGCGGCCCGCCUCCGUCUCGGCCUCGCUCGUCGCGCCUCCACCUACAAAAUGGACACCCUCACCGCGGGCCUCAGCGACGGCCUCUACGACCUCGUGCCCAGCGCCCACCACGCCGCCCACGCCGACACGACACACGCCCACACCCACGCCCGCGAUGGAGACGCCACGGUGUCGCUGACGGGCGGAGGCACACACGCCCACACCCAGCACAACCCCGCCACGUCCGCCGCCCGCCUCACCGUCCUGUCCACCUCCCGACACCACGACCCCGCGCCCAGAGACGCGGGCGAGAAGCCGUCGCAGUCGUGCUCAGCGGAGUCUGACGACGACAAGAACAAGAAGAAGCGUCAGCGGCGCCAGCGGACUCACUUCACCUCGCAGCAGCUGCAGGAGCUGGAGGCGACCUUCGCCAGGAACCGGUACCCGGAUCUCAGCGCCCGCGAGGAGAUUGCCCUGUGGCUCAACCUGAAGGAGGCGCAAGUCAGGAUCUGGUUCAAGAAUCGUCGGGCCAAGUGGAGGAAGAGAGAGCGCCACGCCAUGACGGCGGGCAUGCCCGGGGACUUGAAGGGCGGCUGGGGCGCCCAGCUGAACGGUCUGGCCUGGCCCGACGACGGCCUCUACUCCGGGUACUCGUACAACAACUGGGCCAAGGUGACGCCGCCGCCGCUGGGGGCCAAGAGCUUCGCCUGGGGCUUCAACGGCGUCAACAUGAACCCGCUGAUGAGCCAGCAGCCGUCGGCCAUGUCGCCCAUCAACUGCUUCCAGACGCCGACGCAGGGCAUGAGCAGCUCCACCAACCUCAUGCCCACCACCAUGUCCUCCUCGCUGGGCUCCAGCGCCGCGCCCUGCCCCUACCCCGCCCCGACGCCGCCCUACGUCUACCGCGACCAGACCACCAUGUCCUCCUCCAUCGCCUCCCUCCGCCUCAAGGCAAAGUCACACUCACCGGCCUUCACCUACACCAGCGGCGCGGACACGCGGUCACCGCCCGCCCCCGACAACAACGCCUUCUUCACCACCACCGCCGCCCCGACGGACAAGUUCUCCUGCAUGAACACCGUCAUCGCGUAACGUGCCACGCACCCCGCCCUGCCCCGCCCCGCCCCUCCCUUUCUCGGCCCCGCUAAGGCCACAAGGGACUUCACCGACGCAGCGGCAACGGAGGGCGGCGGCGGCCAUGCAGCGGACACCGCCGGGACGGUGAGAGGGUGACCGGCGGGCCACCGCCGCCACGGGCUGGGAGGCGCCGCGGCGGCCGCCACUGCAGCGGCGGCGGCUAGACAAAUGUAUCACCGCCUUCACGAGUCACGGCCAACACCAACACCAGCGGACGCCCAACACCACACACACCACACUCACCAAUACCCAACACUCACCACCACACCACACGCCGCCACCCCGGACAUACACACCGCCGCCGCCGCCGCCGCCGACACACCACAACACCCCCACGGCGCAAGUCGCUCAUUACUGUAUAUAAAAAGUUGAAAGCUCUUAAUCUGAACCAGCAGGACCCAACGCCCCCCUCUUCCCCGAGCCCGACCCUGACUACGCCUCCCUUCCCUUCCCUUCCCCGCUGCCCGUCGGCCCCCCUUCCCCCAACCCCCUCAUAACUUGAUCCACACAGGGCUGCAACACCAUGAUUCCUGACCACGGGGGGGGAGGGGGGGGAUGCUGGGACGGGAGGGAGGGAGAGAGAGGACAAGAGGAUUCACACGCCACGCCUUCACCACCACCACCACCACCACGACCACCACCGCCAUCGUGAAGUCACCACCACAUCCGCAUCACCACAUACGCCGCCGCCGCCGCAUUCUCUGCCCACCUUACCCCCCCCCGCGCCAAGGCUGAAGAGAGUAUCAGGAGUCUCAUGUUUUAUCUGACUUCGUGAGUGAAUUACGACUGACAACUCUCCUCCUCCUCCUCCUCUUGAAUCUGCUUCCUUUUCCUCCUCCAUCUAAUUAUUCUCCUUUUUCCUUCUGCUCCUUUCAUCACUUCCUUCUGCCUUUCCUUCUUGUUCUUGUUCUUUUCUCUAUUUUACUCCUCAUCCUCCUCCUCCUCCUCCUCCUCCUCCUCCUAGUCCACAUUUACUCUUCCUGACUCUUCCUUUAUUUUUUUUUACUCUAAGCUAUCCAUUUUUCUACUUCCUUCUCCCUUCUCCCUCUCACCCCUCCACCUCCUCCAUCUCCUCCUCCUCCUCCUCCGCCUCCCAGACAAGCUAUAUAGUAAAUACCUAUAAAUAUAUAUAAUUAUAACCCGCAAAUCCACUACAGAUAAUAAGUCAAUUCCGUGGUCUGUCGUUUCCAUUAUUAUUAUUAUUAUUAUUAUUAUUAUUAUUAUUAUUAUUAUUAUUAUUAUUAUUAUUAUUAUUAUUAUUUUCUUUAUUAUAUAUUUCAUGGUGUAAAUAAACCUUUAUGAAUUAUAGAAAAAAAACUGUGUGUCCCGCCGUGUGUGUGUGUGUGUGUGUGUGUGUGUGUGUGUGUGUGUGUGUGUGUGAUUUCUUGAUCCGUUUUCCCACACACUUCAAAAAAAAUAAUAAUAGUGAUUUAAUUUUAGCCGAACGUAAUUAACUCAAAAAUAACGAGCUGACGGAAGUAAUUGUUUGAGAGAGAGAGAGAGAGAGAGAGAGAGAGAGAGAGAGAGAGAGAGAGAGAGAGAGAGAGAGAGAGAGAGAGAGAGAGAGAGAGAGA